GAAGAAUCUUUUUCAUUCGACCCAGUACCUGUCCGGGGAGAACGUGGACCAUUCGUCCAAGCCUGAUGAAAAUUGAGGCUACGCUAUCCCUCGUCAGCGGACGUCAUGAUCUCCCACUUUAACAGGAGCCCUUACGCCUUGGUCGCCAGUUAUGAGUACGGAAUUCUCCCGAUAUCAUUAUGAAAAGCAGCAUGAUCUAAGCAUCGACUCGUCCCAAUAUGCAGGACUCACAUCGGCAUCGUCGAACGAGCAGCGGCUCCACGGUGAGAGUCGCGGCACAGUCUCAUUCGGGGUUGGGCGAUGGCGCUCACAACACUCAAGUCACUCCACCAGUCCGCGCUGCACUCUGGGUCCACGAUGACAAUUUCUCAUCUGAGGAUGUGCUCAUCAACGAGACCUGUCUCGGGGGUUCAGACAUACGCGAAGGCAGCUUGAUUGAGAUAUUUCCCGAGAAAGAGACCUCGGAUGUUCGCGACUUCCAGUCGCCUACCAAUGCGACUGAAAGAGCGAGACUCGAUGCCAACUCAGGCUCUGAGCCGCGCUAUCUCUGCAUCACCAAAUUCGCACCAGCGGAACUCACAGCGAGACAGGCAAGUCUGCAAGUCUCGAUCAAAGCCAACAUCGCCACAACAUUCGGUCUUCGGUCGCGUUCCCAAGUAUGGAUUAAGCCUGCUUCCUUCGAAGACCGCACGGCUUCCCAUGUCGAGUUCAGCUUUAGAGACGCGUACUUGGCAAGGUCCGAUAUGUGGCGGCUUGUUGGUCAAGAAUUGGCAGGAAGAACAAUCUACACAGGACAGAAGAUCACUUUUCUAGGCACAAUCAAGCUCACAGUGAAGUCGAUACAUGUCCAGAGCCAUAAAGUGCCCACAGCAUACUUCGCAGGCACCACCAUCCCCAUCUUCCGCAGCGAGGCUGCACGAUACGUGCUUUUCAUACAGAUGUCCAGUGAAAUGUGGGACUUUGACUCUGAGGGGAAUGGCGAGAUAAUGUUUAACCGCGUCAUCAAUGGCUUCCUGCCUGAGCUCUUUAAGAGGUGGACUGACUUGGAUGUCCGCCACUUGGUCAGCAUUGUCAUGUUCGGCCGCCUAGAAUACGACCGCUUCGACCUCGCCAGGAACAAGGACCGACGGCUAGAGACAGCUUCGGUCACAGGGGCUCCCAACAUGACCGCGAGGCAAUAUCAAGAUUUCUACCGAGUUGUUGUUACGGACAUGGCCAGUGCACAGUGGACAACCAUUUUGAACGAACUCAAAAAAGAUUUUCGUGUCUUUCUGAGAGAUAUAUCCCUUCAUACUUCAAGCAACAACGAAAUAGCGAUCAAAGACGCAAAGAGCAACGCCACACGUAUAGCUGGAAGGCCAAGCACUGCCCUGAAGGGCAAUAUCCUGGAAGCCAUCAACAUUGCUUGUGCACAAUUCGCCAAUGACUUCGUUGACCGUGAUCUGAUUCGUACCGGCGUGUCAGUUGUGGUCAUCAGUGCUGGGACUGGUGUGUUUGAAGUCAACCGUGAUCUUCUCAAUUUGACUUCGCAGAACCUAACCAACAAUGGCGUUGGAAUUGACAUUGUCUGCCUGUCUCGAAUGCCGCUGCACUCGGUGCCACUAUUCAAAUAUCGACAUGCGCCCGUUGAAGACUCUACCCAACUCUCUAUCCCCUCCGGCCUCAACAUCAGUCCGCGGCGAUCUGGAUCAGGUCCAGCCUUCUACGAUUCCAGCCAACCCCGAAAGCUCUCACCAGCUUUGUCCUCCAUCACGUCCAACAGUCUUCGACACUUCACCAGUCACAUCUCAGGGCAGACCUGGGAUGGCGUGCAUGGAUGGUGCUUCGGAAUACCUCAAUGGGUUGAUCUUUCGUACUGGUCCGCUGAAGACGAGUAUCUGGACGUCAUAGCUCGCGAAGAUGAGCCCAAGCAUAAAUCUAUGCAAGCAAAAAGAAAGAAGCAUCCUUUUGUCCCACGAGUUAGGAUGUAUGAGAUCCAAAUGAUGGGACUCAUGGAACUGGGACUGGCAGACAUGAGCAUUCCCUUCAUGAGUGAAACGCAAAACGCAGCGGCAAGCAAGUCCACCCGCUUUAAAUCCAAAACCCGGCGUGCGAGUGCUGCCAGGAGUCUAUCUCAUUCUCCAACGAUAUCACGCAGGAUCAGAUCCAGGAUCGAUCCUGUUCCUUCCAAUCAAGGGCUUCUGUCUACGCACGCGAAAGCUCUAGGGGAUAUUUUUGACCGUAUGGAGAACUAUGAUUCCACGUUAUUUCGCUCACGGCCGGGUCACCAGAUGCUAGCUAAAGGCUUCAAACAAGCUUCAAGUCUCACAAAAAGCACUGAUUUUGUUUCCUCUAAACUCCCAAGCAAGGUCCGACCCACGGCUGAGGAGACUAACCCCGAGUCCAAGCUGACGAAAGUGCUGUCCCAUAAACCUCUCAACACUCCUUUCCGACCUCAUCUACCUUCAUUGGUCUCAGUAGAUGCAUCAGACCAAUCGAUUCCACACAAGCGAACGUCAGAGCCUUCAAAGGUAAACCGUAAUCUCAGCUACUCUUUGCGAGGUUUGGCUCCUCCAGUCAGGGCUGUAGCUAGUACGGAGGUUAACACCACCAACGUACAAGCGCAACCGUUGAUGAGCAAGCUAAUUGGCAAAUCGAAACCGACAGUUGCCACCUCGGCCGCAAGCAUUCGAUCGGUGUCCACGGCCAGUGUCGUUGGUGAGAAAGAUCUUGGUGAAAAUUCACGGACGGAAAGUACAAACACUACACCGGCUAGACGUGCAGCAGGUGUGCCUUCAAAACCAAUCUCUAUCAACACGCCAUUACGGAAGCACCACGAUGAUAGGUUUACCGAGUCAAUUCGGUCGGGUUCAACAUCUCGCCAUGCCCAAACAGAAGUUAGUGGCGCCAAAGAGGACUCUGGGACUGACAAAGGGUCAGAGAGCGAGGCGUCUGGCACGUCCGCCGGCAGCGCUGAAGAUGACAGUGACAGUGUAGAAGCGGAUGACAGCUGGCUCGGAACAUCCGUGGCAAGUUCGGUGCCCAAAAGCAAUCUCCCUUACGUGCGGAAUGUCAACGCUUCGAAUCCAUUGAAGCGUCACCCAGAGCGAGAAUCGUUUUUCGGCAGAUGGCAACAUCUGUAUCCACGAAAGCCACGUGCUGCAACCGUUAAAUGGCGUUCAUUGUGUACUCCCGCUUCAGUCCCGUUGACAACAUCGGACUUCCCCUCGAGACAGGACCUCCAAACCGAGUACGACUCAAUGACUUACGACGUGCAUCUUGAAAUGUCCAACGACAUGCUUGAAGUUCCGGAGUCGCGAGAUACACUGCUGAGGGAAAUGCUGGCCCUACGAUUCUCCCAUGGCUACCAACUAGUCAUCGGUCCAUCCUUGGUUGAAUCUGUUGGGCCCGGCACCUGCGACAGUUCGGCAUUCUUCACGAGCGAUGUGGUGCGACCCGACGGCUCUUUCAUAUUCUUAUCCAUGGGCAAUACGAUCCAAAAAUUGUCCCUGGAGAAAUCAGAUCGCAUUCGAGUCACCCGAUACGUGCGGAAGCAGCCCGCUGUACAACCUCAAUAUCCCCAGCAGAUCAACUAUUAUCCAAACAUCAGAACCAUCCUCUCCGAAAAUUACGCCAUACGAGAUAUGCAGUUCAAAGGGUUCUCCGAGCAGUACCCAUGGGAGGCCGCAGAUAAUUACCUCUCGGAUGUAGGCAAGCAGGCCGAGGCAGAUAUCAAAGCUCUUCGGUUCUGGCGCGCCCGUUUUGUGCUGAUUCCAGUUGAACCGCCUACAAGCGCCCGCAGAGCAGUGCCGUCGGAAGGUGAAGAGAACGAAGAGGAGAUACAUCUACGCGGCAUCCGGGCUUUGACCCAGAUGUGGCAAAAGGCUCGCUACGUACCACCUGACGAGAGAAGACCUGCUCAGAUUCGUGCGAGUACCUUGAAGCGAAAGGAUCGAAAUCCGUUGAGUAUCAACUUGGAAACCCUCAAUCCAUCUGAGUUGGUGGCAACGGAGCUCGAUAAGCUACUUGCUGCAGAAGAAGCCGGUGAAGUACAGCCCACUCAGCUCCUCCCUGAAGAGGAUCAGUUCGAUAGAGAUAGCUUCAGCUUGUCCAAAUUAGCGCAAGCCUUGCAAAGCGACAAAGGGAUCGAGAUCAAGAACCGGCGAUGGCAUCUGCGGCUGCACUAUAGCUGUUUCAUGGGAGAAGAUCUGACCAACUGGCUGGUGCAUAAUUUCAGGGACAUUGAAACUCGAGAUGAGGCGGUCGAGCUCGGCAAUGAUUUGAUGAAAGAAGGCUUGUUUGAACACGUCAACAGCCGGCAUAACUUCAAAGACGGCAAUUACUUCUACUCUAUCAAGCCUGAAUGGCGCUUUCAGCGACCAGAGGCCAGACAGUCCUGGUUUCCGGCAAGUCGACGAUCAGAUCGGUCGGUGCCUGCAACGCCUAUCAACGAGCAACCGCCGCGCGAAAUGUUCACCGGGCGGACACGGUCAGGGUCGAGUCUGGCGAAUCAAGCGCAAGUCAGCUCCGAAAUAGCGAAGUCGCUGGGCGACAAGAAGAGACGGACCGUCACGUUGAGCAAAAUGAUCCGCAUCGAUGUUGAUACCAGAAAACGCUCCAACAGGCACGAGAUCAUCAAUUUGCACUACGACAGACUGCACAACCCAGAGAACUGUUAUCACCUUGAACUAGCCUGGCUGAACGUGACCUCCAAGCUUGUCGACGAUGCCAUUGUCAGUUGGACGACUCAAGCUGAAAGAUAUGGCUUGAAGCUCGUCGAGGUCCCAAUAGCAGAAGCUUCGGAGGUUCCCAAACACGAACCCUUCCGCGCUCCCUAUCGCAUCAGAUUAGCCGUCGAACCCCCCCGUCGUGCGUCGGUCAGCAACGUAUAUUUCACCGCGACAUCUUUCGGCCCGCAAACACCGUUGAAUUCGGAUGUCCACCUCUACCAAAAGGCCCUUUUGAAGCGGUUCAACUUCGUCCUCGACCUCGAAGCCGCAAGCGAGUUUCCCGAAAACGUCGAGAUCAGGUACUCAUGGGGCACGCUGGAUUACAAGUAUACACAAUUCGUGCACCGGUCCGGUGUCGGGAUGGCGCAGAUCACGGAUGAAGGUGAUAUCCUCUUGCUCGCGAACAGACUGUACAACUCGCGGCUCGCCUCGGCAAAGGAUACGUCUUACAAAUUCGACAGCAGCAAGAGGGACUCAAUAACCAACGCCGCAAGCUCCAUGCUACUUCGCCUGCCACCGAGUAUUUCGACCACCACCACCCAACUCAGUCCCACGCCGAGCAUGCAAGCGUCCGGUAUUAUCGGAUUGAACGUGGCAUCUCCCAAGGCCGGGCCCUUCGCUUCACCGCUGAUCCGGCCACUAUCUCUGACGCCACUGGCAACGCCCGGUGCCGGAGCAGGAGCAGGAAUCUCGAGUCUGAGUCUCUCUUCGGCAUCCGCGUCAGGCACAGGCACAGGCACAGGCACAGGCACAGCGACCACGACAUCGGCAUCGGCAUCAUCCUCGGCCGUGAACGUCCCGCUACCGGCCACGACGGCGGCUGCUGCUAAUACGCCUCAAGUCACCGCCGACGUGUUUGGGUCGGGUCUUCGUCAGACCGUGUUUCUCGGCGGCGGCGGCGGCGGACAUAUGCUGACGCAGUACGUCACGCCCGAGCAGAUCAAGAAUGACUUGGAAGCGUUCUGUCAUGACAAGGAGCGCCUCGAAGCGUUUUAUCGGGAAGUCAGCGCCACGUUGCCGCAGAUUGUGAGUCAGAGAGACAAAGAACGCGAGAAUAGGAAGGCCGGGAGCACGGGUGGGACGAGUUCGAGUCUGCUCAGGCCCGUCAAGGAGGUCAUGGUUGAAGGCGAUAUUGGCAUUCCCGAGUUCAAACUGCCCGAGGCGGUGACCGGUGGCAAGCGUGCUGCGAAUAGGGAGCCGUGAUUUAAAUCUCUCACCAUCGAAUGAGGGCAAGCACAGAAUGAUGUAACCUUUUAAUCUGAUCAUCUUCCUAUAAAAUUCAUUCUAACAUCAUAAAG